GGUUAUUAUUUUCUGGUCUCUCUCCUCUUCCCUCAUUUGUAGAUUUACUCGUCGAAUCUUUCAAUUUUGGUUGAUUUUUUUCCUUCUGUUUCUCCGAUAGAGAUUGAUUGCUGAUUCAAUCGAAAACUCAGGCAAGGUAUUAGAAGGACUAAAAUAAUGUUAGAGCAGCUACUGAUCUUCACUAGAGGAGGGUUGAUCCUCUGGACUUGCAACGAGCUUGGUAAUGCACUUAGAGGCUCGCCCAUUGACACCUUGAUUAGGUCUUGUCUUUUGGAGGAGCGUUCAGGUGCUGCAUCCUACAAUUAUGAUGCUCCUGGAGCUGCGUAUACUCUAAAAUGGACAUUCCACAACGAACUUGGCCUUGUAUUUGUUGCUGUUUAUCAGAAAAUACUCCAUCUUUUGUAUGUUGAUGAUCUGCUUGCUAUGGUGAAGCGAGAGUUCUCAGAGAUCUAUGAUCCAACUCGUACCGUCUAUGAUGAUUUCGAUGACAUUUUUAGGCAGCUUAAGAAAGAGGCUGAGGCGCGGGCAGAAGAAAUGAAAAAGUCUAAGCAGAUCAGUAAGCCUGUGAACAACUUGGCCAAGAAGCAAGGGCAGGUGCAGAAGUCCAGUACUGGGGGAAUUGCGAGAAAGGGUGACAGUGAAUCUGGAAGUGAUGGUGCGGAUGAUGAAAACUUGAAAGUGAAGAAAAUAGAAAACGGUUAUACAAAUGGUAAUCAUGUUGGAGUUGACAAGCUACCACCUGUUGUUAAUGGUAAAAAAGACGAAAGUCCCAAUAAUGGGGCAUUUAAUGUAAAUAAGUUACAGAAGCUAAGACAAAAAGGUAGUAAGAAAAUAGACACUGUUCCAAAGAAGAGUUCCAUAAUAGAGCCAAACAAAAAGGUGACAAAAAAGAAUAGAGUUUGGGAUGAUUCACCUAAAGAGAAAAAGUUAGAUUUUACUGAUCCAAUGACUGAGAAUGGAAAUGAGAGUAUAACUGUUGUAGAAGUAGAUCAAGGUGAGAGUAGUAUGAUGGACAAGGAAGAGACAUUCAGCAGUGACAGUGAGUCAGAAGAAGAGGAGGAACCAGGAAAGGAAAACAAGGCUGGAACAAAGAAGACAGGGUGGUUCUCAUCCAUGUUCCAGAGUAUUGCUGGAAAGGCUAGUUUGGAUAAGGCUGACCUAGAACCUGCACUGAAAGCUCUCAAGGACCGUCUCAUGACAAAAAAUGUGGCAGAGGAGAUUGCUGAAAAGCUUUGUGAAUCUGUAGCAAUAAGUCUGGAAGGUAAAAAGCUUGGUUCAUUCACCAGGAUAUCAUCAACUGUUCAAGUGGCAAUGGAAGAGGCCCUUGUCCGUAUUUUAACUCCUAAGCGUUCAAUCGAUAUACUACGGGAAGUGCAUGCUGCAAAGGAGCACAGAAAGCCAUAUGUCGUUGUCUUUGUUGGAGUCAAUGGAGUUGGGAAAUCUACCAACCUUGCAAAGGUUGCUUACUGGCUUCUGCAGCAUGAUAUUAAGGUCAUGAUGGCUGCAUGUGACACGUUCAGAUCAGGAGCUGUUGAACAAUUAAGAACUCAUGCACGGAGACUCCAGAUUCCUAUUUUUGAGAAAGGCUAUGAGAAAGACCCUGCAAUCGUAGCUAAGGAAGCAAUUCAGGAGGCCACUCACAAUGGUUCAGAUGUUGUUCUUGUUGAUACUGCUGGUAGAAUGCAGGACAAUGAACCACUUAUGAGAGCAUUGUCUAAACUUAUAAACCUCAACAGUCCUGAUCUUGUUCUGUUUGUCGGUGAAGCCUUGGUUGGGAAUGAUGCAGUAGAUCAAUUAUCAAAGUUUAAUCAGAAAUUAGCAGACCUCUCAGCUUCCCCAAAUCCCAGGUUGAUUGAUGGUAUCCUUCUGACUAAGUUUGACACUAUCGACGAUAAGGUUGGAGCGGCACUUUCUAUGGUUUAUGUUUCUGGUGCGCCGGUAAUGUUUGUGGGUUGUGGCCAAUCUUAUACGGAUAUGAAGAAGCUCAAUGUGAAGUCGAUCGUGAAAACAUUGCUCAAGUGAUUGAGAAAUGUAUCUUAAAAAAGUGUCAUGUCCUGCAUCUUUGAGAUUGUCUGUUCUGUGUUUUUCGUACUCAAAAACCUUGAUCUGUUCUACAACUUUGUGUACUUGAUCCAUGUUUAACUAUUUAAUGUGUUUUGGUGAAUGGAUAUGCACCUUAAUUCAUCCUAUUUC